AUGAUAUGGAUUCAGCCGGAACAUCCGAAGCACCUCACUGCUAUAUUAAGAAAUCUGGCCGAUGUGUCCCUUUCUGGUAUCUUCCCUGAGUGUGAUCUGAGCUGGACCCUAUUUAUCCUUGAAGCUGCACCUGCCCUGCAGAAGUUCACAUUAUCUCGAACUCGACAUUCAUGUGCCAAAACGGCCGAGGACAGUGUGGAGAAGAGAAACGUGGUGUGGGGACCAUCCAAGGGUUUCAAGCACUUCAACUUGAAGAGGCUGGGGGUUCAAGGGUUUGAAGAGGAAGACAAGGUGACAAACUAUAUAAGGCUAGUCAUGGAACGAGCUGUGGGGCUGAAGAGAAUCGUGCUGCGUCGUGAACUCCCAUGUGAGAGCUGCCACGACUUUGAAAGAAUAUCCCAGGUGGAUGAAGCUAGAAGGCGUCGGGUUAAGGAGCGACUCACCCAGGGAUCCUCCUCAUCUGUGGAGAUAAUAGUCCACCAGAUAAGGGUGAAGGAAUGA